CCAACCCGCAUCCCGAUUACCAACUCUCCAAAUUUUUCACGCAUCACGAGAACAGGACGCACGGCAAAAAAGCUCCAUACGAUAUUAUUUUCUCAAGUAAUCUGGGGGUAAUAGAAACUAGGUUUCCUUGGACAAAACCUGGGGGAGGCAAAGCACGGCCGUAAUCAAAUAUCGCUGGGUUGCAUGAAGCCAGGGGGCCGCGGUUACUUGUUAACUUUUAGUUGCAGUGACGGAUCGCUAAGCGAAGUUUCCUGGGGGUAAGAGAAACUACCACCGACGACGCAAACGACGUUAAACAACGCACAACGUGGGCUUUGAUCACGCCAUUUAGGCCUGGAGAAAAAAAAACUUUCCAACUAGAAACUGGACUAUUGGCUGCCGUUUUUUUUGAACAUUCUUGGCCUGCAACACACACAUACUACACGCCGGAAUUGACGCCAUCGAGACUAUGGUUACGAUGGACGAGUCACGACACUUGCAUGGGCUGGUGGACAUGGGGAGUAACGGGAUCCGCUUCUCGAUUACGGAUCUGACGCCAGAGACGCAACGGGGACUCCCGACUCUGUAUCUGGACCGUGCGGCGAUAUCGCUGUACGAUGCGCAGUUUGAAGACGGCAAACCCGUUCCGAUACCCCAGGCGACGAUCAGACAGGUAGUCAAGUCGCUGCUGCGGUUCAAGGCUACGUGCGAAGAUUUUGGGGUGCCUGAGAAGCAAGUGCGGAUUGUGGCUACGGAGGCGACGAGGAAGGCGGUUAAUUCAGAAGAGUUUCGUAAGGAAAUUAAGAGGGCGACAGGGUGGGAGGUGGAGCUUUUGUCCAAGGAGAUGGAGGGACGGAUUGGGGCGUUUGGGGUUGCGAGUUCGUAUCACAAUGUCACGGGACUCAUGAUGGAUUUGGGGGGUGGGUCGACGCAGAUCAAUUGGAUUGUUAAGUCGACGCACUACGACCGGAUUGAGAUGUGUGAGAAGGGAAGUGCAAGCCUACCGUAUGGCGCUGCGGCGCUCACAAAGAGGCUUGAGGAGGCUGGUUCUUCUGGCAGCGAAAGUUACAAGGCUUUUGAAAGCGAAGUCAUUGCCGACUUGAAAGGAGCGGUUGAAGAUAUUCGGAUUCCCCAACAUCUGCUUGAUCGAUGCAAGUCGGAAGAGGGCCUCUCUUUGUACCUGUCUGGAGGUGGAUUUCGAGGCUGGGGCUUUGUGCUCAUGUCUACGCAUCCCGUCCAACCAUAUCCCAUUCCAAUCAUCAACGGGUUUCGGACAACUAGUGAUGUCUUCCAUGAUACGCACGCUGUACAGGCUGCUGUCAAGCAAGAAGAUACACCAGAAAUCUUUCGCGUGUCAGCACGUCGGGCCAGUCAAGUUCCUGCCGUUGCGUUUUUGGUUUCGUGCUUGUCGAAAGCACUGCCGAGCAUCAAGAACGUCUACUUUUGCCAGGGCGGCGUAAGAGAGGGAAUGCAUUUUGCGGAGAUGGAGCCGGCGAGCAUGUCCGAUGCGCCAAUUGUCAAUGCGACAAGAGCAUAUGCGCCGGCUUCUAGUCCGGAGUUGAUCGACCUGUUGCGGAGAGCGGUAGUGGCUCCGCCAUCGGCGGCGCGCAAGGAGCUGUUUAGCAACAGCAUGAUGAGGGCCUUCACGUACACCAUGUUUGCGCACAGAGGCCAAGUUAAAGAUCUCCGCAGUGGGUCUGCGCUAAGGAGUACCACGACAGGCAUCUUCUCUGCCGGGCACGGUCUUAGCCACGAGGAACGCGCCACGCUCGCCAUUCUGCUGUGUGAGCGUUACGGGGGGCACAACACAAUUAGCCCCACCGAACAGGACUUUUACCACCGAAUGCUGCAGCUUGUUCCCGAGGAUCUGAGGUGGUGGUGCAGGUACCUGGGGAGCGUUGCCGGAGUGCUUGCAAGUGUAUAUCCCGCGGGGACCAUUCGGCAGAGCCGCGUCCAGGUCAAGGUGGAGUGGGCGAGUAGUAAAAAGGACAAAGAGAGGCUUUGCAUUGAUUUUGAGUUUGGGCACGAGCCGGACGAUCUGGACGAGGGACUGCAGGCGGCGUUGAAGAGGGUGGAGAAGGUGGGCAAGAAGAAGAAGUGGAUCGGAGGGCAUGGAUACAAAGUGCUGUUGACUGUAAAUGGCCACGGCUAUGGUGAGGAGGAUGAGUAGCAGUGAAACAAUGGCAAUGCGUGAUUUUCAUGGGCGUUGGAGUGAUUUUGCCGAGUUGGGCUCGUCAUGGCGAGGGACAAUGGCGACGAGAUGCCCGUCUGGGCCAU